AGGGGAGUCCUGACCGUAAAAGCUCCCGCCCCCUUCCCUCUCCGUUGCUCGCCUCUCUCUCUCUCUCUGUAUCUGUCUAUCUAUCUCUCUAUCUCUGGCAGUUGUCGGGAAGUCCCGAGCUCCGGUCCGGAGUUCCCCGUCGGAAUGGUCAACGAGACGCAGGCCCCGGCGUCCUCCAGCGCCUUCUCGUUUAUUUCCAAGAGCUGGAGGGAUGUCCGGGUCUCCGCCGACGCCGACUUCCAGUUGAUCCGGAACCGGGCCAAUUCUUUCAAGAACCUCGCCACCUCCUUCGACCGGGAGCUCGAGAACUUCAUCAACACAGCCUCCACCUUCUCCGUCCCAGCGAUCAGCUCCUCCACCCCCGCGGAGAUCGACUUCGUGAAGAAAUUGCAGCCCAAGCUCUCGGAGUUCCGCCGGACCUACUCCGCCCCAGACUUCAGCAAGCGGGUGCUGGAGAAAUGGGGGCCCCGGGGCAGCAUCAGGAUCGAUCUUUCCGCCAUAAAGAACGCGAUUGUCCCGGAGGUGGAGGACAGGGAUGGGAUUGUCGAUUUCGAUAGGGUCAGACGGGGGAGGAGGGUUAGGUUUAGGAAUUUCGGGACGGAGGAGGUUAAGGAGAAGGAGAAGGAUUACUGGGAGCCGAUUAGGGCGUUCAAGACCCGGCUCAGGGAAUUCGAGAGGCGGAGCUCGUCCACUGUGGAUAUAUUUGAGGGCUGGAAGAGUGGGGAGCUUGUGGAGAAAGUGAAAUCGAGCUUGAAAGCGAUUUGCAAGGACCCUGAAGACUCGAAGGAAGUACCUCCGUUGGAUGUUCCUGAACUUCUUGCCUGUCUGGUGAGGCAGUCUGAACCAUUUCUUGAUCAACUCGGCGUAAAGAAGGAUUUAUGCGAGAAGAUAGUUGAGAAUUUGUGCAGUAAACGCAAGCACCAGUUUCUCCAGCCAUCUCUGUCUGGAGGGGAAACUUCUAUUGUUGGCAACGACAAUAUAAGUGAUGAACUGGACCUGAGGUUAGCAACUGUCCUUCAGAGUACAGGGCAUUGCUAUGAGGGUGGCUUUUGGACAGACCACAGAAAGUACGACAUGUCCAACCAGAAAAGGCAUGUCGCCAUUGUUACUACAGCUAGUCUCCCGUGGAUGACAGGGACUGCUGUAAAUCCUCUAUUUCGAGCAGCGUACUUGGCAAAGUCUGCGCAACAGAAUGUGACGCUGUUGGUUCCUUGGCUUUGUAAAUCAGAUCAAGAGCUAGUUUAUCCCAAUAGUAUGACCUUCAGCUCCCCUGAAGAACAGGAGACCUACAUACGCAGCUGGCUUGAGGAAAGAAUUGGCUUUAAGGCUGAUUUCAAGAUUUCAUUUUAUCCGGGAAAGUUCUCAAAAGAGAGGAGGAGCAUAAUUCCUGCGGGUGACACUUCCCAAUUCAUCCCAUCAAAAGAUGCCGAUAUUGCUAUCCUGGAAGAACCUGAGCACUUGAACUGGUAUCAUCAUGGCAGGCGUUGGACUGAUAAAUUUAACCACGUUGUCGGCAUUGUGCAUACUAAUUACUUGGAGUAUAUCAAGCGGGAGAAGAAUGGGGCUAUCCAAGCUUUCCUUGUGAAGCACAUAAACAAUUGGGUGACGAGGGCGUACUGCCACAAGGUUCUUCGCCUUUCUGCUGCUACACAAGAUUUACCUAGGUCUGUGAUUUGCAAUGUUCAUGGGGUAAAUCCCAAGUUCUUGAAAAUUGGAGAAAAAGUAGCUGCAGAAAGGGAACUUGGGCAGCAGGCCUUCUCAAAAGGUGCCUAUUUUUUGGGGAAGAUGGUAUGGGCGAAGGGAUACAGGGAGCUGAUCGAUCUGUUGGCAAAGCACAAGAAUGAUCUUGACGUUGACGGUUUCAAGUUGGAUGUGUUUGGCAACGGGGAGGAUGCACUAGAGGUCCAGAGUGCUGCUAGGAAACUGAAUCUAAAUCUCAAUUUUCUUAAAGGAAGAGAUCAUGCGCAUGAUUCUCUUCAUGGGUACAAAGUAUUCAUAAAUCCCAGUGUUAGUGAUGUUCUAUGCACUGCUACUGCUGAGGCACUCGCCAUGGGCAAGUUUGUAAUUUGUGCAGACCACCCAUCAAACGAGUUCUUCCAGUCAUUCCCCAACUGCCUGACCUACAGCACUUCCAAGGACUUUGUGGCCAAGGUAAAAGAGGCACUUGCAAGUGACCCGCAGCCCCUCACUCCCGAGCAGAGGUACAGACUCUCAUGGGAAGCCGCCACCCAGAGAUUCUUGGAGUACUCCGACCUCGAGAAGGUGUUAAAUGAUGAGAAGAGAGCUGAGGAGAAGUCUAACAGGACCAUGGUGAAGUCGAUCUCGAUGCCGAGUUUGUCGGGAGUGGUCGAUGGAGGAUUGGCUUUCGCCCAUUACUCUCUCACAGGGAAUGAGUUCCUCAGGCAGUGUACCGGGGCCAUUCCAGGAUCUCGGGACUAUGACAAGCAGCAUUGCAAGGACCUCCAUCUCUUGCCUCCGCAUGUUGAGAAUCCUAUUUAUGGCUGGUGAGGUCGGCUUUCCCCAUCCAGUGCAGUCGAUGACCACUCCCUGUAAAAUAGUUAGGUCUUUGGAGCUCCUGGUGCUCGAUAGUCAAUAGUGUGACAUAUUGUUUGCGUAAAAUGAAUAGCGUCUAGUACAGCAAUAUAGUUUCACAUGUGACCUGAGCAAGUUUAGAAAGUUAUGACCGAAGUUUUGCAUCCCCGUGUUGAUAGAUAUGUGCCAUGUUAAUAUGGCAGUUUCUUGUACUUACGGAAAAGAAGCGAAGACAACUCUUAACAAAGCUCGAUUAUCAUCUCCGCAA